AUGACCGUCCACUGGUUGGACAAGGAAACGAGGGAGAAGAAAAGUGGUGUUCUGCCAUGUUUGAGAGCGGAAAGAGCUCGUACAUAUGAUGUUGUCGCUGGAGCAAUUGAGAUGAUUCAUAUUGAAUUUGGCAUCGAGAAAAAGGUUGUGAUGACUACCACAGAUAAUGCACGCAAUUUUGCCAAAGCUUUUUCACAAUUUGGAGAAACUGAAAAUUUGCUUCAUGAAUCGUUGGCGCCUAAGUGUAACGAGAUUGGAAUAGCCGAUGCAGAAGAUGCUGCUGUGGAAAGCCUGCUUGUUCAAAAUGAAGAUGAUAAAUGUCCAUCGACAAGUGAGGAAGUAGAAUUUUUAUUCUUGUUUGAAAUGGGUGAUCAGGAAGAAGUAAACAACAUAAUGUUACCAGCCCAUAUGAGACGUAGACGUGCUGUACACACUUGGAUUUUAAUCGCCAUCAAGGAUUCGGAGAAGGCUGCUAAUAACGUUGCAUUUAGAAGAGUUUAUGGGGCUGCUUUAGCGAAGGUGAAAUCGUUAUGGAAUUACCAAAAUCACCAAAGCACAAUAACCGCCGAUUCCCUCUACAAGGAGCUGAUAGUGAGUAAGAGAUUGGUCGUGCUGAAUGACACAAGAUGGAACAGUAUGCACGAUGCAAUUGUGUCCUUGAGCAAGAUUACUGAAGACAAAAAUGUUGGUCUCCGGUAA